AUGCAAAUUUUUGCGUACUCUUCUGUGAAGAGGGCCGAUGAGGCUGUUCGAGUAGCCGAGCCGAGAGAGUGCGCGACGGCGCAAUGCUGUGAUGAGCACCGAUUUUGUCGCUUUUGGGCAUCAAAGGGCGAGUGCACAGUGAAUCCGGAUUGGAUGCAAAAGAAUUGUCAAAUGUCGUGUCAAAGAUGCCAAUCAACAACGCCAGCCGCACAGAAUCCAUUCAUCUUGCAUGCAAACAAUGGAAUUCGUCGUCAACCCCCGCAACCGUCUCGAGAUCUCCCACAAGGGUGCUCGGCGGUGAGCACAAGACUCGUCGACAAUCGCCGUGUGUUGGCCCCGGAGGACAUGCAGACGAUUUGGCGAACGAGACCGUGUUCUGAUGUUCAACAAGCGCCCGAUUGUCAAACAAAUCUCUGUUUCCAUCUAAAGUUCAGAUCUUUUGAUGGCACUUGUAACAAUUUGCAGAGAACUUUGGAGGGCUCAGCCUACACCACGUACAGCCGACUUCUCACCGCGCAGUAUGAUGACGGAGUACAAGCGCCAAACAUGCAAGGUCGUCCCUCAGCUCGCUCACUUGUCACUUUUCUUCUGUCGAAUCGAGCCGUCAUCCCGUUGAAGGCAAACUCGUUGGUGAUGUCUUUUGGUCAAUUCCUCUCGCAUGACAUUACAAAAAACGCCUUGCAAGGGCAGUGCGCUUGUGGAGACAAUUCAGCUCAAUGUCUGAACAUUCCGAUUCCUGGAACUGAUCCAAGAUCCCGAUCCGUGUCUUGUAUCAAUUUCAAGAGAGCGAUUCCCGCAUGUGCCUCUCAACUGGGCUCCAUUCGACAACAAAUCAAUGAAAAUACGGCUUUCAUUGAUGCCAGUACGGUCUACCAUUCGAACGCGAGAAAUGCGGAGGGUGCCCGGAUUGGCGCCUUCAUGAGGACAAGUGUUCUCGGUGGAAUGGCUUUCCCUCCAAUCUUUGCACAGAAACAAGAGCUCGAUGUGGGCGACAGUCGCAAUGGAAUCUUCACCGGUUUAGCCAUGUUCCAUACGACUUUCGUUCGCUUGCACAACAACAUUGCUGGUCAAUUGCAAAACAUCAACACUCACUGGAAUCAAGAUCGAGUCUUUCACGAGACGAGGAAAAUCGUCGGAGCUGUCACACAGGCAAUCGUCUACCAAGAGUUCGUCCCAGCUAUCCUUGGCCCAUUCUUCCAGCGACUCGUCCCACAAUACCGAGGCUACGACUCCACGGUGAACCCGUCGAUUCUCAACGAGUUCUCUUCAGCGGCUUUCCGACUUCACGGAAUGAUUCAAGAAUUCUAUCCACUCAAGGACUCAGGCUUUCGAACGGUGGGCAACGUGCCGAUGCAAGACACUUUCCAGCAGGUUCGACGCAUCAUUGGCGGUAAUUUCAUGGACGAUCUCUACAGAGGCCUUAUGCAAACGCCGGCUCGCUCUCCGCAAAGAAUCACGACUUUUAUGACAGAGACGUUCAUCAGCAGCGAUAUGGGAUCAGUGAACAUUCAGAGAGGUCGAGAUCACGGAAUCCGUCCCUACAACGACUACCGCCAACUCUGCAAUCUCAGCCCGUUGCGAUCGUUUGAUGAUUGGCCUGAGGUUAAAGAUCAAGCAGUGCGCAACCGCAUCCGCGAGCUCUACAACGGAAAUGUCGGCCGAAUCGAUUUGUAUGUGGGCGGUCUUGUCGAGGAUCCAGUGGGGAACAGUGUGCUUGGACCGACCUUUUCGUGCAUCAUCGCCGAGCAAUUCACUCGAUUGAGAGACGGGGAUCGAUUCUACUUUGAGAAUCCGAGCAUCUUCAGCGACGAGCAACGUGAGGCGAUCAAACAGGUAACACUUGCUUGGGUACUCUGCGAUACAUCAGCCACCACAUUUGGGCAAAUCCCGGCAAGAGCGUUCUCGAUUGACGAAAGCGGCUCUCAAAUGAGCUCUUGUGCCUCACUUCCGAAGCUCAACCUUCAACCAUGGAGAGAA